AUGCUUUCAUCAACAUUGCGUCGUUCUGUGAGAGCUCCAUCCAAGAACUUGCCAGUCUUUGCAAGAAGAUCUUAUGCCAUUUCUCCUUCUGCUCAAGCAUUGAUUUCAAAAUCUGUCCAGGAGGUUGACCCAGAGAUGGCUGAUAUUUUGAAUCAAGAAAGAAUCAGACAAAAGAACUCAAUUACUUUGAUCCCAUCAGAGAAUUUUACCUCUAAAGCAGUUAUGGAUUUGUUGGGUUCAGAAAUGCAAAACAAAUAUUCUGAAGGAUACCCUGGAGAAAGAUACUAUGGGGGAAAUGAAAUAAUCGAUAAGGCUGAAGCAUUAUGUCAAAAAAGAGCUUUAGAAGCCUUCGGGUUGGAUCCAUCUCAAUGGGGGGUCAAUGUUCAACCGUUAUCUGGUGCUCCAGCUAAUUUGUAUGCUUAUAGUGCCAUUUUGGAAGUCGGUGACAGAAUCAUGGGAUUAGAUUUACCUCAUGGUGGUCAUUUAUCUCAUGGAUAUCAAACCAACACUACCAAGAUUUCAUAUAUUUCCAAAUAUUUCCAAACCAUGCCAUACAGAUUGAAUGAAGAAACUGGUAUAAUUGAUUACGACACUUUAGAAAAAAAUGCUCAAUUGUUUAGACCUAAAGUAAUUGUUGCUGGUGCGUCAGCUUAUUCUCGUGUCAUUGACUAUAAAAGAAUGAGACAAAUUGCCGAUAAGGUUGGAGCUUACUUAUUAUCUGAUAUGGCUCAUAUCUCAGGAUUGGUUUCUGCUGGAGUUACUGAUGCACCAUUCCCAUAUUCUGAUAUUGUCACCACCACCACUCAUAAAUCAUUAAGAGGACCAAGAGGAGCCAUGAUUUUCUUUAGAAAAGGAAUUAGAAAGGUAACCAAAAAGGGAAAAGAAAUUCCAUACGAAUUGGAAAGAAAAAUCAAUUUCUCAGUUUUCCCAGGACAUCAAGGUGGUCCACAUAAUCACACCAUUUCUGCUUUGGCAGUUGCUUUAAAACAAUGUACAGAACCAGAAUACGUUAAAUACCAACAAGAAGUUGUUUCCAAUGCUAAACAUUUUGCUGAUGCAUUGGUCUCCAAGGGAUUCAAAUUGGUUUCUGAUGGUACUGACACCCAUUUGAUAUUGGUUGAUUUAAGAUCAAGAAACAUCGAUGGUGCUCGAGUUGAAGCUGUUUUGGAAAGAGCGAACAUUGCUGCCAACAAAAACACUGUUCCUGGUGAUGUAUCUGCUCUUUUCCCAUCAGGUUUAAGAGUUGGUACCCCAGCUAUGACCACUAGAGGAUUUGGACCAGAAGAAUUUGAUAAAGUUGCUGAAUUCAUUGAUCAAGCUGUCAACAUUGCCAUUGAAUUAAAAGCUCAAGAACAAGGUAAAGUACCAAAGGAAUUGUUAGCGUCAUUUAAACAAUUGGCUGAUGAAAGUAAUAAAGUUAAACAAUUAGAUAAAGAAGUUGUCAGUUGGGUCAGUAAAUACCCUGUCCCUGGUGAAUUAUAA